UAUAUUUUGUCAUAUAGUAAUUAUAAACCUUAGGAACCAAAAUAAUUUAUAAAACAUAUAACCGGAUGUGCUCGAGAGUAUCAACCUUUAUAUUCUGGAAAACGUGAACCGGAACUAGCCAAUUGUUUGCAUCUUCUGAUAGCAAUGGCUGUCUCACUCGCCAACCUCCUAAAAGUUUUAUUUAGGACAUAACUCGAGGAAAUGAGCUCUUCUUCUAACCAGAGGACUUUAUUUCAGACGUGGGGUGCGUCUGUAACUCCAACUAACCUCGUUCGGCCUGCAAAUGAAAGAAAAAAAGUCGCUGGUUCGCGCAAAGCGAGCCAAAGAAAUCUUGCCCCAAACCCACUCUGGGCUGAGCUUGGACCAAGAGACGCUCAAAAAGAGAGAAGUCAAACAGCAGAAAUUCCCAAAGCUUCUCUUGAUGAUGAAGACGACGACGACGAUCUCAUGAUUAUUGCUGUCACUGAAGCCGAAGAGAACCUACAAAAGAAGAAUGUCAGCUCACUCCAAGAUCAGAUGCACCUGCCUUCCACUCCAUUAUUUGGGAACGUCACUUAUCCAGACUUCCCUGGUUUUGACAGCUCCUCUGCAACAGUUUGGAUUUAUCCUACUAACUUCCCGAUUAGGGAUUACCAGCUCAACAUAUCAAAGGCCGCAUUGUUCCAAAACACAUUAGUGUGCCUCCCCACAGGUUUGGGGAAGACAUUUAUCGCGGCGGUUGUGAUGUACAACUUUUAUCGUUGGUAUCCAGCUGGGAAGAUCAUCUUCAUGGCCCCCACCAAGCCACUGGUGGCGCAGCAGAUUGAGGCUUGCUACAAAGUCAUGGGCAUCCCUCAGGGUCACAUGGCUGAGCUGACUGGCACCACAGCGGCCCAGCAGAGGCAGGAAAUGUGGCGCUCCAAGCGUGUGUUCUUCCUCACGCCUCAAGUGAUGAUGAAUGACCUGUCCAGAGACACAUGCCCGGCCCGGCAGGUCAAGUGUGUGGUGAUCGACGAGGCCCACAAGGCACAGGGAAACCAUGCCUACUGUCAGGUAAUCAGACAGCUCAGCAGUCAAACUCUGCAGUUCCGCGUCUUAGCACUUAGCGCCACUCCAGGGGGGAACAAAGAGUCGGUGCAGUCCGUGAUCUCCAAUCUGCUCAUCUCCCAUAUCGAGCUACGCUUGGAGGAAAGCCCUGACAUCCUGGCUCAUUCGCACCAGCGUAGCGUGGAAAAAAUGGUGGUGCCACUGGGGGAGGUUCUGGCUGCUCAGCAGGCUCGCUACUUGCAGGUGCUGGAGAAGUUCAUGUCUCGUCUGGCCCUGAAUCGAGUGAUGGCCCACAAGGAUCUUCAGAGUCUCUGCAAGUACCAGCUCAUCCUUGCCAGGGACCAGUUCCGAAAAAAUCCCCCAACUCAUAUCAAGGGAGCACAGCAGGGAAUGCUGGAGGGAGACUUUGCCCUUUGCAUUAGCUUGUAUCAUGGCUACGAGCUACUCAUGCAGAUGGGACUCAGGUCGCUCUUCUUUUACGUCCAGGGCAUCAUGGAUGGGUCCAGAGAAUUGUCCCGAGUCAGGAAUGAGCUGCAGAGGACUCCUGUUUUCAUGGACCUUUAUCACGAGAUGGAGGCAAAGUUUGGGAAGCCAGCUGGCUCCGAUGAACCUUUCAUUUACGGUCACCCCAAGCUGCAGAAACUAGAGGACGUGGUGCUGCAACACUUCCGCUUGUUGGUCCAACACGCGUCCGACAAUAAUGGUUCGGGUGCGCAGGAAGCGAGCACGCGGGUGAUGAUUUUUUCGUCGUUCCGUGAUAGCGUGCAGGAGAUCGCCUCCAUGUUGAACCGCCACGGCCCGCUGAUCAGAGUCAUGACAUUCAUGGGGCAAGCGUCGGCAGGGAAAGGAGUCAAAGGUUUCACUCAGAAGGAGCAACUGGAGGUAGUGAGCAGGUUCCGUCAGGGAGGCUUCAACACGCUGGUGUCCACCUGCGUAGGGGAGGAAGGGCUGGACAUCGGUGAGGUUGACCUCAUCGUGUGCUUCGACGCGCAAAAGAAUCCCAUCCGCCUCGUGCAGCGCAUGGGCCGCACUGGACGGAAGAGGCAAGGACGCAUUGUGGUUAUCCUGGCAGAGGGACGCGAAGAAAGGACGUACAACCAGAGCCAGAGCAACAAACGCAGUCUGUUGAAGUCCAUCGUGGGCAACAAAAGUGCCUUCCACAUGUACCCCAACAGUCCCCGCAUGCUGCCCGACUGCAUCACCCCCACUUUGCAUAAGAUGCACAUCACCUCUGGUCAGUUUGAGCACCGGGACAGCAACAAGAGGUCUUCCACGGUCUGCCGGUCCUUCGCCCAAGAUCGGGCCUCACUCAUCCACCCACAAAACCUCCUUCGUCAGGAGGGAGCUGCUUCCGGCGCUUUCUUGAGCAACACAGAAUAUUCUCUGUGGGUGUCCACCAUGAAGCUGGCUGAAAAUGAACCGCAACCAACCUUGAGGCAAUCAUCAAACUUCAUGUCUCUACCAAAUUAUGGACCACCUCCGGAGGACGCAGCCAGAGACGCGCCUGUGAGAGAGCUUUCCCUUUCGGAAUGGCGGCACUGGCAACAUCGAGCAUUUCCAACCCAUGCGGUCGAUCACUCCCUGCGCUGCCAGCAUUUCACAAAAGUGAUGCAGCUCGUCGACAGCAUGCGGGAGGAAAACGAGGGCGACUGCGCUUACGAGAAGGAGUUAUUAUCUUAUCUCAACAAAGCUGACACCGACGGCCGUCGAAAAAAGAUCCAGAAAAACACCUGCUCCAAAACUAAGAGGAAAUCAGUGGCUGCUUUGGAACGCCAAGAAAGGAACAAAGAAGAGAAGAAUGCACAAACGUUAGUCGAGAAACUAAAGCCUCGUGUUGAUCCGUCAGUUGCACCUCAGUUAAUCAACGAGGAGCCGGUCCUCAUCGUUGAAGAUGACAAAAAAAAGGAUCCACCUAAGGCUGAGGAGGUGCUAAUCAAUCAGGAUGAUGAAGAUGCUGAACUUCAGGCCAUGUUCUAUCUCCCCAAAUGGGAUUCCUGGCCUUCCGCUUCUGUCAUCCCGGGAAGAGACCAGAACCUAAACGCCAUCCGGGACAACGUUGCCGAGCUCCUGUCCCGAUCCCCGCCGCCUUCCGCGGAUUUCGACACGCUCACGGUGGACUCGAUCCGCCCUCCUCAUCCCGAUCCUCCUCAGCCGUUCCACGUCAGCUUUACCCUGGAUGUCGAUGAAGAUGAUGAAGUCAUGGCGAGUCAUUCUGAUAACGCGGGGUCAGAUAUAAACGUGCCUCCGGGAGAUGAGGAAGAAUUCCGUAAGCAACUGAAGCCUGUCAGUAGUCCAACCUGGGAUGAGGUCUUUGAGGAUGGUGGCGCAAAUGAAGCUAAAAAAGACGAGCAGAGUGCAGGAGAGGAAACAAACGAACAGGCUGCGUGGGAAGACCACCUAGAUGACAGCAUGGACCUGUUUGGUGACGAUGAAGCCUUCCUGCUGAUGACUAUCCCAGACAUCCACCCCCCAAAAAAUCAUGACACAUCCCGGACCUUGCCCAGUGUGGAGGACAUCGCUACCAGCGCAGUGGUUCCCUUGGAGACAUGUGACACAGGAAUUAAACAUACAGUGGUGUCAAAAGGUGUGGAGUUGUCUGACAGCUUGGACUUUCCUGUCAAUUUUGACCUUGGCUAUUCCCUGGAGGACUCAGAGGAGGAAGAAGACUCCAUGCCAUUGAACACCAGCUUUCCACGACCUCCAGCUUCCUUGCAGGAGGCCUCGCCAUGUGUAAACAUCCAUUCGUCAACACCUUACAGCUUUCAUAGGCUUGCUGCACCUUCAUCCCACACCAAGUUCCCUACACCUCAGAUGCUCUCAGAGAGGAAAACUACUCAUCUCGCGUCGCCGUUGACGUCCAAAGCGGUGGGCCCGGUGGUGUCAUCGGGUUCUGCCGGGCCUCGCGCCGUUCGCCUCUUUCGCAGGACUCUGAGACGAAAACGACCAGAAGAUGGCCCAACUUCAGCAGUCGAACCAAAGGACGAUUCUGACGCCCAUCGAGCGGAGUGUAUUUUAGACAGCGAUGAUGACGUUGUUGUCCACAAGAGAAGACAAGGCAACAAGGUCAAUCCUUUGUCGUCGCCAGAGGCAGCGUCCAACAUCGUCGCUGAUGCAGACUCGCCACUUGUGAGGAAGAAACGUGUGACGGCAUUAAACAUAUCUGAAGCCGACGAUGACGACGAUUUCCAGAGCGAGCGUGUGCCCGCAUGCAAACGAGCGAUACGGCCAAUCCAGCAAAUCAACACCAAGCGCAACAAAUGUCAAAAGGGCCGUGAGUUCCUGGAUGAAGAAGCGGUGCUGUCGGAGGACGAGGAGGGCGCGGCGGUUUCGUCCGACGAGGAUGACGGAAGAGAGCAGAACCGCUCUCUCGAUGGCUUUGUGGUGGACAAUACGCACUUGUCUCAGGGACUAAAUGACUCUGAAAUGCGCGGGAUAUACUUGAAGUCUGUGCAAAGCCCAAUCGUCGGUGGAAGGUAUAAAAUGUCCUACAAAAAUCUUCAUAACCCAGACAUCUUCUCCCAGGUGCCCGAGCAGGACGAAACCUACAAAGAAGAUAGUUUUGUGGUGGGAAGCCAAGAGGAACAGGAGGAGGAAGAGGAGAGCUCUGAGGAAGCCGUGGAGCUGAUGCCGGAGGACUCGUACGUGGACGGGAGGAGGCAAUACGCCACGCGGCGCCGUGUCUUCUUGCACAAAGCCAGAGCAAACACCGGCGCUUCGACGAGCGUGGCCGGAUGUCGGGCGGAGCCGAGGAGCAAGCGUGGCCGUGUUCUGCGCUUGGUAGAUUCAAGCGAGGAGGAGGAGGAAGGGGUAGAUGGUUCGGAACCACCCAAGCCUAUAAAACAUUUGCCACAACAGAAGUCCUCCUCUUUGACUUCAACCAUAUCCAAGGUUAGCGGGGGGCAGAGGGAAGAACGGCAACAAGAGAGGGGUCGCCAGAGGAUAGAAAACCAACAUGCCCUUUCUGACCAGCUGGACUUUGAAACGUCAAAGUCACUUGAUGCAUCCAAACAGCCUCAGGAGCCUCCAUCCACCAUCCCAGAUCCUGUCGGGGCCGGUCCGUCCAUCACAGAGACUCCGAUCUGCAUCCUGGUGGACAGUCGCUGCCUCAGCGGCAGUGUGGAACUCGUGACCAGCUUACGGCAGCAUCACAGCGCCACCGUCCACGUGUGCUCUCUGGAUGGUAACUACUUUGUCGUCAGCGCCCGCAUGGCCGUGGAGAGGCACGCCCAGUCGGAUCUGGCGUCCCUCCAAAACCGCAAGCGACUGGCCGAAAGAUUGAGCAGCGUGCAGGAGCACUUUGAGCGCAUUUGUUUGAUUGUGGAGAAGGACAGAAUCAAGCCAGGUGAGACGACCCGUUCCUUCCAGCGCACGCGCUGCUUCGACAGUACCCUGUCGGCCUUGGUACGGACCGGCGUGCGGUUGCUGUGGAGCGACGGCCCCCAACAGAGCGCCGCCUUGCUGGUCGAGCUGGCGCGACUGGAACAGCGCAAGGGGCAUGCCGUCGCUCUGCCCUCCUCGGAGCUGAGCGGGCGGCAGGACCUGCAGUUCUACUUAAGCCUGCCCUCCGUCAAUUAUGUCCACGCUCUCAACAUGAGCCGCCGCUUCGGAUCCGUGGGCCAGCUCGUCAAUAGCUCAGUGGAAAGCCUGGAGCACGAAGGCGGCAUGAGUAGAGCGAGGGCCGAGGAGAUCUAUCGCUUCCUGCACUACAGCUGCGAUUCCUUCCUCGUGGACCAAGCGGGAAAGUCCCGGGAGACGGUAACGCACACCAUCAGGAUCUGAUUGCCGAAAGGUGUCAUAUUUAUAUCGUUACAGCUGCUGCUUUUUGCUCUAAAACUGAUCAAGUUUUUGCACCUCGAGCUUCAACCGGAUAAAGCUCAAAACAUUUGCACAACCCAACCCAUGUAGAGUAACAUGCGUUCUAUUUAUUUUACCGAGUUAUUUUUAAAAUGUUGGGAGCAGCUUGUGCUGAAAGGAACUCAACAUUUGGCACAAGAAUAUUUUGUCUGGACAAAAAUAUGGAUGAUUAUGUUUACAGCUAUCCGAAUGUAAAUUUCAGUACAUUAAUAAAAAAAAAAACAUGUGUGACAAAAACUAUCUAGUGUACCAUAUAUACGUAUGUAAUGUUUUUAUUUUUUUUGUGUGAACGUUUUGUUUUUCUUUGAGGGUGUAUCAUGAUAAGCACAUGAACUAACAAAAAAAAAAAAACAUUCAAUAAGGCCAUGUGCCUUUUAUUGAUAAUCAAACAGAUGACAGCAUUUAAGCACAAACGACAUUGUAACAGAAUUUGGAUUCAAAACAGGCGUAAAUAAUCUAGUGAGAGAAGAGUACAAAAAUAGGUCAUACUUUCACAGUUAUGUGCUUAAUUUAACACAUUCAUCACACUGCUUUGAUAAAUGUUUUGGGUCCAAGCAGAUUUGUAUUUAUUUUUGGAGACAUUCAAAACCAGUAUUACAUACACAUUCUCUGCAUCAGCCAUUUGGUUUCUAAUUCACUGUGGUGGGACGGUGAUAAUUUGGUAUGGUCAGGUACACUGGAAAAAAAAGGUAACAGAAAAUGGACUUUACUGUUAUCGGACGGUCAGCUUUUUUUUUUUUUUUUUAUUGUUGAUGUGACUUCAUCACUAACAUCUUCCUGUUUUCUGUUUCAGUCUGAAACCGAGUCACUUAUUUCUGAGAAUUUAACUAUGAGCAGAUUGUGUUGUCUUGGGAGGUUCAAGUUGAGGAAUGGAGUAAAACGAGAAAGACACCGAAAAUGACACCGCUGAGCGCUCAAGAGACAAAUGUAAUAUUUACAUGUAUGUACAGCAAGUGUGACAGAUUUCCAUGAUUGUCGGAGGUGGGAGUCUCCACGCUUCAACUUAGGUUUGCCUCGAGUGAUCCACCUCUGGUAACCAUUAUGAAAAAUGAACCAAAGUGUAGUGUAGACAGCUAGUUGAAGAUUUACCAGCAAAGGUAGGACAAAGCAGCAUUUCAACCUAUUUACGGUGUACUGCUGUAACUUCUGUAACCGUAUUAGCUCUCCUUUAAUGACCAUAGAAAAGGAAGUAUACAAAAACUGACUACUGUAUAUAUGUACAAGUGCAGUUUUAUCUGACUAAUGGAUCAUUCUUAAAUAUAAUGCCUGUCUGAUAUGCAGCUACAAUCACUUUUCUGCUUAGCGCGGCUGAGCUCAGAUGCUGCUGGCCUGGGUCUGCGGCUGCAACGGCGGCAUGGGCGCCGCGUGCGGCUCGGGACCCGUCAGGACGCACUCGUCGUCCUUCCGCAUGUAAAGCAGGAAGAGAGUCACGGUGGCAAAGGUGGUGGCGUUGACCGGGAAGGCCCGGAGCAGCGUGGAGGUGAGACCGCGCGUGAACACCCUCCAGCCCUCCUUGCGAACGCUCUGCCGCACGCAGUCGAUGAUGCCGUCGUAGCGGUGCACGCCGCCCAGGCCGUCCGCCUGCAGUCGGGACUUAAUGACGUCCACGGGGUAGGUGGAGAUCCAGGAGGCGAUGCCGGACAUGCCGCCGGCGAACAGCAGCUUGGGGAUCAGGUAGGGGUCCUCCGGCUCGCAGCUCAGGCGGCGUGUCAGCACGUCGUACGCCAGGAAGUAGACGCCGAAGCCGGGGGUCUCGCGGAUGAGCGUGGUCACCAUGCCGCGGUUGAUGCCCCGAAUGCCUUCCUUGUUGUAGAUCCUCAGCAGGCAGUCCAGAGAGUUCUUGUACACCUUCCUUUUGGAUUUCUUCUCCCCAGUGCCUUGCAUCUGCAUGCGAGUUUUGGCCAGCUCCAUGGGGCAGCAGAUGACGCAUUGGAUGGCGCCCGCCGAGGCGCCCGCCAGGAACUGGUUGAGCGGCGUGUCGUGGCCCAACUUGCGCAUGGCGUUGCCCUGCACGCCGAACACGAUGGCGUUGAUGAAGGUCAGGCCCAUCAUGGGAGAGCCCAGGCCUUUGUACAGACCCAACGUCUGCGGAACAAUGGCAGCCGGUUGACAAGGUCGUCUCAACCUGUGUGCGACCCUCGAAGGAAAAAGUUUGGACACCCCUGACAUAGAGGGAGAGAAAGAAAGACCCGGACUUUACUUACUAGGUCCCAAUUCCGUCGAAAGGUUGUUUAUUUCUCUCUCUCAUCUACAACACAGUGACACUGUUGCUGUUAAAGACAGCCCCUGCCCUCCACCAGCACUCCGCCAAGCACACAUAUUGACAGCAAAGUACACAAGAGCGCCAAACACCAGGCACGCAGAUGCUGCCAUGUCAUCUAGUCACAUUAAACAUGAAUGUAACUUUGUUUCUGUCCCAAAGUCACCCUUGCGCUGGCUUGACUUUCGUUUCCUCAUUGCACUCAAAGUCGAGUCACAAAAACAAUCACACAACUGUAAAAUAUGCAGGCUAAACUUUGUUUCAGAUGUUUGUACUUAAGUCAAAGCCAUGGCUACAAAAUACUGCUUUGGCGCCAUCGUUUGGCAAUUUGGGGCUGUCAAGACAUUCCAGAAAAGCAGAAAGUCUGAGUUCUCAGAACUCUGAUCAGGAAAAAAAAAAUUACUGGAAUGAAACAAACAGGGAAGUCCAAGUUACAAAGUCGGGGAGAAAAAAAAAAAAACUACAUGCCCUGAUUUCACCAAGUUUCUUCAAUCUCUUAA